AGGAGAUGGAGGAGGAGGUAUUGGUUAAGUGUAGUCAUGGGAGCGGUGAUGAGAGGAGUGAUGACAAUGAUAGAGGUGGUGGUGAUGAUGGAGAUUUCGGGUGGUGGCGGUGGUGGUGGUGAUGACAGUGGAGGUGGAGGAGGUGCAAGCGGUGGAGUUCCUUGUCUUGCCACUCAUCUGAUGACCCUGCAAUCGAUACCCAGACAUGACAGGAUAAGCGGCCCAACACAGGCAUCGCAAAGUGACGGACAGACAGAAACACACACCAAAGACAGACAGGGAGAGACAGAGAGGCCACAGCAGGCAUUCCCGAUAGACAGAGUAGCCAUGGACAGGCCCCGCGGCGUCCCUGUCAGCGGCGUCAACGAACAGCAACAAAGAGACAGAUAAUAGAGGGGAGAUUAGCGCUGCAAGGCCUGAGUGUACGUGUGUGUGUAAGUGUGUGUGCCCUUGAGUCUCCACCGCCGCCAUGCCUGCCAUCCGGGGCGUGGAGGCCGACGUGGAGGAGAUUAAGCUCAAAGACAACUACUCCAGCAACAACUCGAGGGCAAACUCCAUCGCGCGAGCCCUCAAGAAAAAGAUCUCACUGACGCGUCUCACCUCCCGCACGUCUUUAGUCACCGACCGGGAGGAAAGAGAGCGCGAGCGGCGACCCUCCCGCGACUCCCGCUACCCGACCUUCACCAUCGAGGAUUGGGAGGAAGGGGAACACAAUGGCGCUUUCAAGGAGGACAUGCUCUUCAAGGACGAUCUCAAGGGGGACGAGAAGAGCGAGGGGGAGAUGGAUACUGACCCCGGGGAGGAUCCUGAGGGCGAGGGCACGUCACUGGUGGACAACGAGGACAUCCGAUCCGUGUCCUCGAGCAAGCGUGCGAGUCAACUGAGCGUGGAUCACUCGAUGGUGCGCUGCGGUCGGGCCAAGUUCUUCAAGCGGCUCUCAGUUUGCGACCUCAAGGACGGCCACAUGAUGGACCCCAAGGAGCGAGUGUUUCUGGAGGCGGCGGAGAGAGGCGACAAGCACACGAUGAUGCGGUGCCUGUCGCCACCCUCCGCCGUCAACGUAAACUGCACGGACAUCCUGGGCCGCUCCGCCAUUCAGAUCGCGGUGGACAACGAGAACGUGGAGAUUGUCGAACUGUUGCUGCUGCAGGAGAACGUCAAGAUAGGUGACGCCCUCCUGUACGCCAUCACGGAGGGAGUGUACAAGAUCGUCGAGAUGCUCAUCAAUCACCCCAGCAUCACCCCGGAGAUGCUGGCCAACGACUGGGUCAAGGUGCGGGCGGGGGGCGAGGAGAGCAGUGACUUUGACCCCAACAUAUCGCCCAUCAUCCUGGCGGCGCACUGCAACCAGUUCGAGAUCCUGCAGCUCUUCCUGUCCCGAGGAGCCUACAUCGACAAGCCGCACCCGCUGUCCUGCUCCUGCCGCCAGUGUACCGAAUGCUUCCACGCCGACUCCCUUCGCUACUCCCUGCGCCGAAUCCACACCUACCGCGCCCUCGCCUCGCCCGCCUGGAUCUCCCUCACCACGGAGGACCCCAUACUGGCCGCCUUCAGGUUGUCGUGGGAGCUGGAGCGGCUGGCGCGUGUGGAGAACGAGUUUAAGGACACGUACCUGGAGCUGAGCGAGCAGUGCAAGAAGUACACCUGCGAACUGCUUCACCAGUGCCGCUCCACGCAAGAGGUGAUCGCCGUGCUGAACAGGCGGAGCGAGGAAGACUCAGACAAUGAUGACGAUGAUGACGACCCGACGCAGCUCAAGCUCUCGAGACUCAAGCUGGCCCUCAAAUACGACCAGAAGCAGUUCGUGGCUCACCCCAACUGCCAGCAACUCCUGACCUCCGUGUGGCAUGAAGGUCUUCCAAUCUGGCGGCGGCGGAACGCGGUGGUGAAGAUCCUGCUCUGCUUCUCCAUCAUCGUGUGCAUGCCCCUCAUCGCUAUCAUCUACCUCAUCUUCCCUCGCACGCGCCUCGGCAGGGUCAUCCGCUCACCGUUCAUGAAGUUCAUUUACCACAGCGCCUCCUUCGGGCUGUUUCUGGUGCUGCUGGUGCUGGCCUCGACACGCACGGAGGGCAGCGAGAGGCACCGGCGGAACGUGAGGGGACCCGCGCCCACCUUUGUUGAGUGGCUCAUCUUCUUCUGGGUCACGGGCAUGGUGUGGGCGGAGUGCAAGCAGCUAUGGGAGGAGGGGCUGACGGCGUACAUCAGGCAAUGGUGGAACUGGCUGGACUUCAUCAUGCUCUCCCUCUACCUCUGCACCUUCAGUCUGCGGGCCGUUGCCUUCGUACAGAUCACCACCAACAAGUACGGCCCCAGAGAGGUACCGAGAGCCCAGUGGCCCGCCAACGAUCCGACCCUCAUCGCCGAAGGAGUGUUUGCGGUGGCCAACGUCUUCUCCUUCGCCCGCAUCAUCUACCUGUUCCAGACCAACCCUCACCUCGGCCCGCUGCAGAUCUCCCUCGGCUGCAUGAUCAUAGACAUCGCUAAGUUCCUGUUCAUCUUCUUCCUGGUCCUGACGAGCUUCGCCUGCGGCCUCAACCAACUCUACUGGUACUACGACUCCCCCGCCGCCUCCUGCAACUCGACCUCGGUGGAUUACGCCUGCCACACGGGAUCCGACGCCUUCAACACUGACGCAGGGGAGUACAGGGGAGGCUUCCAAACGCUGGACGUGACCUUUGCGACGCUCUUCUGGUCGCUGUUCGGUAUCAGUUCCCCCAAGAGCACAGACCUAGAGGAAGAACACGUGUUUAUAGAGACGGUGGGCCAGGGGCUCUUCAUGGCCUACCACGUUAUGUCCAUCAUUGUCCUUAUAAACAUGCUCAUUGCUAUGAUGUCCAACAGUUUCCAGCAGAUUGAGGACCACGCCGACCAGGAAUGGAAGUUCGCUCGCUCCAAACUCUGGAUGAGCUACUUCGACCCCGGCUCCACCCUGCCCGCGCCCUUCAACCUCAUCAUCAGCCCCAAGGCAGUUUUCUAUCUCAUGCGGAACGUCAAGAACUGCAUGCAAUUCAUCUGCUUCCGGCGGGGUAGGACGCGGCGUGACAAGCGGAACUUCAGCAUGGAGAAAGGUGCCUUGCAGGUCAGCCCAAGUACCUGCCGAAGCUAUCUGCACUUUUUCUUCACGGCCGGGCCGCUGCCGACCCGCCCCAGCAAGCACAGCCGGUACGCCGAGGUGAUGCGUCGCCUGGUGUCGCGCUACAUCCACCAGACCAAGAAGCAGCACCGCCAGGACGGGGUCAACGAGGACGACCUGCUGGAGAUCAAGCAGGACAUAUCAAGCCUCAGGUACGAGCUGCGCGAGGAUAGAAAACGGGAGACGGCGCGGGCGUACGGCCAAAUGGACUCCAUCAAGAAGGACAUCCUGCGGCUCCUGAAGCAAAGCGGUAGGAUGGGAGGGCGCGGCGGCGGCGGCGGCGGGCGGGAGGCAGAGUGCGGCGGGGCGGGGGGCGGUUCCUCAGGCAACCCCGUGGUAAUGACGACCCCCGCCCCCUGCCCGGCCUGCUCCCAGACGCAAGGAGUCGAGCCGGGGCUGAGCAGCGGGGCCAGCGGGUUGGGUAUGCUUCAGCAACACUCAGUGGACCUGGGCAUGCUGGGUCGCGACGCCUCAGCCUCUCUCGCCGCCGCCGUCGACAUAACUGUCACGCCGGCCUCCUCCCUCCCCUGCAACCUCACCUACUCGCAAGGUAACUUGACGGGCUGUUUGCUGGCGCCGCAGGAAAUGGAUUACCUGCGCAAGGAAAUCGUCAGCAGCCUGCGCAAUGAGCUGAGGGAGAUGCUGCGCGAUGCCCUCACGCGCGCCUUGACCCCAACCACCACCAUGACCUCCCACACCUACUACUCACCCACCUCCACCCCGACCCCCACCCCGCAGUUCGUCACCACCCCCACAGCUCUCGCCCCACACAUGACCUCCUCACAGUUCUCCCUCCCAGCGCCGCCGUGUCAGACCAGCACCUCCUGCGGCCUUUCCUCCCCCACCACCGCCGCCGCGCCUCAACUCCUAGUGGCGGAUUCGGGCCCUAGUGGUGACUCCUGUGGUGCUCAGAGGCUCAAUCCAGGUGCUCAGUCUAUCGCAAGGUCCCCCAGCCCAGUCCAACAGGUGCAGUCGUCCCACAACUCCCAGUCGCAGCCCUGCACGUCGCCUACCCCAGGAGCCAGCGGAGGGGUCGUCUAUAGGAUCCCGCAGGAGUCCCCCGCCCCGUCGAAGGCCUCCACCGUUCAGGACAUCCUUCUUCGCCCGCCGAAUGAGUCUGACCGCAUCCACACGCACAUGUACACGCAGCUCUAAGGUUACGUAACGAGGCAGCGGAGAGUAAACGGCCGGAAGCCAUUUCUGGAUGAUGGCGCCGAUGUCCCCACGCCCCAUCCGGUGAGCGACGAGGGCCGGACGGAAACACCACGCACAUACAGUACGCACAGUCACGCCAACACACACACACACACACACACACACACACACACACACACACUCGGUUUCUGGAUGAUGGUGUCGUCGGGGCGUGUACCGAGCGUGGAACAAAACUAUCGAGCAAGUUGCCUACACACCUGAAAAUCACACCUGUAACUAUAUUGUCAUUUCAUUGCUUGGCGAGGUGCCUUGUUCAUCAAGUAAAAGGAGGAGGAGAAGGAGAAGGAGGAGGGACAGGAGGAGAAGGAGAAGGCGAGAUGGAGGAGUAGAAGGAGGUGAAGGAGGAGAAGGAGCAGGAGGAAAAAAGAGGAGGAGGAGGAGAAAGCAAAGAAACUUUUAGACGAGAAAACAUUUGAAAAAAAAACAUUGUCGAUACAUUUUUUUCACCUUUCCCUUUUGUAGUUGUUUACGAGUGUGUCUUCGUGAGUACCCUUCGGCAGGUGGUCUCUGUUAGGAUCAAGUCCACAGCUGUGGCGAUGUUUGGGGACAACGUUGAGAACCUUCGCUGGCGGACGGACGAAGCAGCUCUGACGGGGGUUCACGGGUCCCCGGAAAGACGAGCGACGGUCAUGACAGAAGUGAACAGAACGGGAAGUGGACGGUAAAUACGGAGCCCAGCGAGUGUGACGUGUACAGUGAUUUGUGAUUUGAUUGUGGUGAGUGCAGUGAUGAGAGGACGUUGAUUAAUGUUAGGGACUCUACUAGGUUCCAUGCGCCGGCUGGUCGUGAUGGCAUGCGGACGUAGGAUGAGGAAGAAUGAAUAAACCAAGUGAUUUGUGACGAGUGCAGUGAUGGGAGGACGCUGACUAAUGUUAGGGUCACUACAAGGUUCAAUGCCCCGGCCUAUCGUGAUGAUAUGCUGAUAGGAUGAGGAAGUAAAGACCAAGGCAAUCCAGACAAAGUGUUGAUGUAAGUACAGUGAACCGGAAAGGUGGAUGGCCGAGGUUUAAGUCCCUGUGUUUGUCGGUAUUCACUUCUAUCGCUACGUGAGCCAGUAAGGUUGACAUACGGAAUAUAUUAGGAGUCAGCGCUGUAAGCAGAGUUCGUGUGGCCGUGUACGAAUAGCAGGAGGCAGCGUAGAGUGAGUUCAGAGCGUAGCUGAAGCUGAGUAAGAGUGAGUCAUUGCAAGUCGCGUUGGGUGAGCGACACGUAUUAGGGAAACGACAACGCUAUUUUUUCUCUAUCUGCAGUUUAGUAGACAUUUUGUAGUAUUAUGACGCAAAGGUGACGGUGCGUGUGUGUGUGUGUGUGUGGUGUGUGUGUGUGUGUGUGUGACAGACAUAAGAACGCAGUGAUCUAGCUUCUGACGACUACUCCACCGCAGAGCCUAGACUGAAGAGACGUUAUGACUUAGCUUUCAUCCCUGGAGCAGCAGCGAGCACUGAGCAUUAGUUGAAGACCGGUUGGCAGAGAACUGAACGGUGUUUGGGUCAACUUGGCGAGUAAGCUCCUCCCACCCCACCCCGGCGGCGCAUGGAACUGGCUGGUUGUUGUUUGUGCGAGUAUUUGUUAGGCUGUUGGGUGCGUUGGGCUGAGUCUGGGCUUUUGUUAUUAAUCUGUCUAAUGUAAUCAAAUUAACAAGGUCUGGAAGUUACGAAUCUGUAUAGAGGUAUUAGGCAAUGCUUCUCUACCGCCUCUUCGAGUAGAAGCAAAGAAAUGGAGCUGACACAAAAAGAAAUAAUUAUAAAACCUUGUAUCGAACAUAAUUAAGUGAUGGAGGUUUGAAGGCUCAGAGCAGUGGCUCAAACUUUUGACGACCACGCCCCCCUAGGAAUGGGUCUUUCCCUUCACGGCCCCUUGCAUAAUAGCCCACGCUCUUAAGAUAUUAAAUAUUCCAAGAGCAGAAAUUCCACCUUUUCCCCCCAAGGCUCGGGCACCCCCCAGUUUCAGAACCACUGGUUUAGAGGAUAUUCUGUGGAAACAUUUCGGAUAACUCUGUACUGGUACGUUGUUUAGAAGCAUAGGAACAGAAGACGCUUGAAGACCCACAAGUCAUACUAGCAUGAGAGUGUUUGUGGCAGAACUGAAUGGAAUGGAAUCAAGUGGAAGAGUCUUAAAGGAUUCUAUUCUGUGCGGGACACUUUAGACAACGCCUCUCUGACACGCUUCUAUGAGGCGGCAGAAACACUGCAGCAGAAGGAAUUAAAAACAAACAGGCAGUCUUAGCUGCGAGUGUAAAUAAGGUUGAAUCGAAUGUAAUCUAAGUGAACGAGGUUUGGAUGGUAUUGUUCAAUGGGAGGGGAAACAUUUCUUAUAAGUUGGUAGACACUUAGAAUUAGACCUGAUCAAAGAGCAUCACAAUUCAUUAUAGCUACAAGUAUAGGUACGACUGACUGCAUGGUGUGGAGGUGAAGGCGGUUUGAGGAGGUUUGUUUUGAGGGAGUAUUUUGGUCAAGGCUUCUCUGUCACACAUUUUUAUAAACCAAUAUAUAGAAACUUAGAAAUAGAACAGACAAAAUAGUAUCACCGACCAUGAAGCCUGAAUCGAGGGUAAGAAAGUGAAGGAGGUUUGAGUACUGUUUUGUGAGGGUAUUUUGAUCAAAGCUUCUCUGUCACACACUUUUAUAAGCCAAUAUAUAGAAACUUAGAGCUAGAACUGACAAAGGAGUACCACAAACCAUUCUGGCUUCGAGUAGAGGGGAGGCUGCUUGCAAAAAGGUGAGGAAGGAAGAGGUUUGAGGAAGAUUGUUUCGAGGGGACAUUUGCUUCUCAAUAACACAUUUUUAUAACCCGGUAGAAACUUAGACUUAGAACUGACAAAAGAGUACCACAAACCAUUCUGGCUUCGAGUAGAGGGAAGGCUGCUUGCAAAAAGGUGAGGAAGGAAGAGGUUUGAGGAAGAUUGUUUCGAGGGGACAUUUGCUUCUCAAUUACACAUUUUUAUAAGCCGGUAGAAAAGUAGACUUAGAACAAAAGAGUACCACAAACCAUUCUGGCUGCGAGUGUAGGCAAGCCUGAAUCGAAGGUGAGGAAGGGAAGGAGGUUUAAGAAGACUAGAUAUGCGCGGGCACUUUGGUCAACGCUUCUAUCACGUUCUGUAGAAGCAUAUAGACAUAGACGAAAGUUAAGACCCACAAGCCAUUCUAGAUGCGAGUGUAGGCCAGGCGUUAUGAUCCUUAGUAGCCACACGAUUCUUUCUGUAUCGACACCAACAACUUGAGGCUUAGACGGGAGAGGAGUAUAUCGAAAGGAAAAAAAAUUAUACCAAUAUUGGAGAAUUUAAUCCUGUACGUCAUUGUUAUAAAAAGGUUACUGAUUAUAUGACUUGAGGCCCUUCUGUUAUGAUUAUCCUUAAGAGAUGAGAGACAACACUGAGACGAGCGUUUGGUUAUUAGCUAAAAGGUGAUAAAAGAUGUGUAAAAAGUAUGGGGUUGAAAAGUGACUAUCCGAAGCUUGUCUCAGUGUUGCCAGGUGUUGUUUUAAAGGCUUACUUACUGAAGCCUGAAGGAAGGAAAAUAUCGGGCAUAUGUUUCCAUGCUGUUGUACGUUAACGAAGAAGUGGAUGGGGAUAGUAAAUAAUAAGUUACGUUUAAUAAAAUAUAUACUUGAUUUUUUUUAGAUUUAUGUAUGAAUUAUAGAUUAUUGUUUUAUGUUUUUUUUUAUUUUUUUUUUUUUGUCGCUUUCAUUAUCCGUUAUUGUUGUUGUUAUUAUUAUUAUUAUUAUUAUUAUUAUUAUUAUUAUUAUUAUUAUUAUUAUUAUUAUUAUUAUUAUUGCUUCAUGGUAAUUUGCUCAAAACAUCUCACGAAAAAAAAUACAAAAAAAAAAAGAGAAAGCGAAGAAUCAAUCCAAUAUAUUAUGUAGUACAGUUUAGAAAUACACUGUAGAAAUCUCUCUCUCUCUCUCUCUCUCUCUCUCUCUCUCUCUCUCUCUCUCUACAUCGACCUAUCUAUCUAUCAAUCUCUAGAAAUCUAUCCAACUAUGUAUCUGUCCAUCUCCUUCAAUUAAUCUAUCUAUCUCUAUUUUACCUAUCUAUCUGCAACUGGCAACUGUUAGUCCUCUCCACCUUUACCAUAGCGGACAGGCCCUCAUCCACCCACCCCCAUCCACCGCCCAUCACCCACCUCUUCCACCUCAUCCACCUCAGCUCUCACGCUACCCCUCCCCUCUGUAAACCCCUCCAACAGACGGUUCCAAUUCCCUUUGUCAUCAAUCUCAACCCUAAUGACGGACAAAACCUCAUCCACAUACCGACCCAGUCCCUUCACUCCCUCCCAAGUCAACCACCACCAUCACCACCACCACCACCACCGUUAUCUAACCCAUCAACCUUACCCCAUCAAGUGAAGGCACCCUUAUCCCAACUUCACCCCUUCCCUUCCCCUUCCUUUACUUUCCUAUCUUUCUUUGACCAUUCCUUUCCUUCCCAUCCCAUACCUAUUCUUUCUUUCCUUUUCGUUUCCUUUACUUCCCUUAACUUCACUUUCCCCUCCUAUCUUUCUUUAACUAGUCCUCAGCCUUCCCUUUAGUUUCAUUCCUAUUCCUUCCCUUUGUUCCCUGCCCCUCCCCUAAUCUUACUAAACCAUCCCAAUCCCUUCCCUGCCUCUUCCUAAUCUGUCUCUCUCAUUUGUUUCUUCUGUUUCUUUUCUUUCCCGUCCCUUCCAUCCCAUUCUAACAUUCUCCUCCAGUCCCAAAUCUUCCCUUCCCUUCCCCAAACUAUCCCUUUCCUUGCCUUCAAACUGACCAUCCCUUCCUUCUCUACCCUUCAUUUCUCAAAAGUGUUAUCAUACCCCACCACUCACUCUUCCCCUAAUAAAACUUUCUAUAACCUUUCCCACCCUCUCUUCCCUUCCCUCUACUGCCUUUCCUGCCCUCUCCCUCCCUCCUUCCCUCCCUCUCCCUCCCUUCGCCGCCCAGGAAACACCUCUCCCAGCGCACCCCAUUGUUACGACCACGACAGAAGAGUUCUAUAAAUUAAGUGUUGUUCGCUGGACAGGAACUAUUUUUUUGUAUAGCGUUUUUGUAAAGUGCCGGAGAGAUGCCCAAUCGUUAUUCUUGCAAAGUUAUACUAAGCCCGCAUGUUCAUUGUUUCUGAUACAGUUUAUUGAAUAGGGAUAACACGACAAAAAUAAAAACUAGUUGGUACGUACAAUCGUGGGACACAAGUGAUGACACACUGUCCGCUGAGUUUCGUUCACCGGCCUCGACUUUAAAAUAUAUACACCGCAUGGAAGGAGGCUAAUGUUCAGGUAUGACACUACAUAUACACUCUCCAUAAUUUAUUAGAUAUGAAUUUGUCAGCUGUGCACACUGAUAACAACUUUUAAAUUCGCGGACGAAAAUGUCUCUUUACAUUUCGUUCAAAUUUAGUCAGUGACAGCUAAAGUUGUUUACAACGCUAUUAUGCAUUUGAAUAAAUGUUGUAUUCAUUCCUGCAACGUCCUCACUAAGAAAAUACUAAGAAAACAUUGAUAACGUGCACAAAUAUUCUGAUAUGGUCUAAAAUAUAUAAUGAUACCACCAUUAAACUCUCGCUCGACGAUGUUACGCAAUGACGUCAUCGACUAUGCCAGCCGGCGGAUUUAAGAAGCUAGUAGGCUAUUAUGAAUUGAAUGGAAUUACAAAGCUAUUAUUUUACAUUUAAUAAUACUAAACGAUUCAUUUGCAUUUAUGAAACUAGGCUAUUACUUUGCAUUUACGAAUACUAAGCUAUUACUAUGCAUUUAAGAAAAGUAGGCUAUUAUUUUGCAGAUUUUUUUAAGAGAAAUUAAUCUCUCUCUCUCUCUCUCUUCAGAAUGCACACUGGCGACCAAAGCCAAGCAAGUAUUUAGCUUAUGGAAUGAAAAAAAUCUCAUUACAGAGCGUGCACUCGUGGAAACAAGAGCAUUCAUAACAGAUUUUUUUAAAGAAACAUAAUCGUAGUGCAGUUGAUGCUCUCAGUUUCGUAAAAAAAAUCCUUAAAUAAUAUCUCUCUCACACCCACACACACUCUUUCGUCCUUGCACACACCCACACAUCCACACACAAACGUUACUUAUAACUCGAAUGUAGCAGUGCUGGAUAGUUGCCGUCUUUCGCUAACGGCGUCCGAAACAUUUUGGAAACUGUGUCAUCACUUGUCCCCCACGACUGUACAUAUUAUAUUAUAUCUUGUAAAAUAAAAAAAGAACACACUAUUUGUAAAGCAUAAUACUACUACAUACAUAUUAUAUAAGCUGCGUAUGGAAGAGUGUAGUUAUAUCAUCCCUAUAUAAUAUGUAUUGGUAUGUAUGGUAUUGGAUAAGGCUGAAUAUAUUACUACUACUACUACUACUACUACUACUACUGCUACACCGUUUUGUGAUGUGAAUUAUAUAUAUCUACAACGCUGUUUUUGGCCUCCUUUGUUAUGGACUACUGGAGUGGGUGGUCUUGUACUGGCCGUGAACACACACACACACACACACACACACAUAUAUACAAACACACACACACACACACAUCAUGAAUUACUGAGUGUGUGUGUGUGUGUGUGUGUGUGUGUGUGUGUUACUGAUGAUACUAUGUUUAUCCUUUAUUCUUUGCGUGUUUCGUCUUUCUCUCGUUACUCCCUCCCUCCCUUUCUUCCUUCCUUCCUUCCUUUCUUUUUUCCUUCCUUCCUUCCUUCUAAUCUUCCUCCUCUCUCUCCUUACUUCACUGUUUUUUUUUCUUUCUUCUUCCCUCUUUUCUCCUUCUCCUUCAUUAUUUCCUUCCACUCCUUACCUUCUUUUCUCCUUCUUUCCUUCCUUGCCCUUUUCCCCCUCUGAUUUCCCUCUUUUUCCUUCAUAUAUCCUUUCCUUUCUUCUUCUCUCCUCUCCUCCGUAACUUCCUUCCUUCCCCUUACUCUCCCCCUUCCUCUUCCAUCCUUCCCUCCCUUCACUUUCCUUCAACACAUUUCAUUAUCUUAAAAAAAAACACGAAAUUAAGAGAAACUGAGUGAACAAAUUAAUUUUCUCCUUUCUUCCUUUCUUGUAAAAUUUCUACCCCUUCUGUAACCUUCCCUUCUGUCUUUCCCUUCCCUUCCCUUUCCCUUCCCUUCUCCAUUCCCCUCACUCCCCCUCUCCCCUAGAAAUCUGCCUCCCCUUUCAUUACCCAUCCUCCCUCCCCUUCCCUUCUUCUCACCCCCCUUUCCUCCCUUUCAUAACACUCCCCCCCUCCCUUUACAGCCCAUCCUCCCUCCCCUUCCUUUCCCUUCCCUUUACCUCCUUUUGACAACUCUUCUUCCCUCCCCUACCCUUCCCUUCCCCUCAUCUUCUCCCUUCCCUUAGACACUUUCUCCCCGCCUCUAUAACCCGCUCACCCUCCCUGUCCCUGUCCCUCUCCCCCUUCCCUCCUCUUCAUAACCUUUCCUCCCUUUCUCCCCAUCCCUCCCCCUCCCUCCCCUCCCCCCUAGGCCCUUUCUUCAUGGGUAGCUAAGAACACACUCACUAGGUGCAACACAUCCCAUAAAGGUGAAACACAAAUGUGAUGGUAGAAUCUAUAUCGAACACACACACACACACACACACACACACACACACACACACACACACAGCAUAUAG